AUGCAUAACGGACAGCCAGGCCGUCAGUUUGCGUUCUGCACAAAAAAUUCUGACUUUUUCUGAAUUUUCAGGUCCUGGAUAUCAAAAUUGGCGGAGAAAUCAGCAUCAGAAUUCGCACGCUCACGCACCCCACGGCCACCAACAGAAUGCGAUAUACGUGGAGCCCGUCUACGCACCACCACCACACUUUGCACCCAACUUUCAGCAAGUACUACAUCGUCGUGUAAGUGGAGAGUUCUCAAGUUUUUGUAGCAAUUAGACGUCUUGUUACAAAAUUUACGAGUUUUUGUAGAACAUUCAAUUUUCUACAAAAUCUUGAAAACGUUUUCUCAGUUUUUGCAAUUUUUUUCGUGCUGCGCUUGCUAUCUUGUUGCUCCAAUGAGCUCCCGAUAAUGAGUGAAAAAAUGCAACAAAAAUUGACGUCAUCUUGUCUCUCUCUCUCUCAUUAAGUCACGCCCCUUUUUCCUCAGAUGGCGUGGCGACCUCGUUGAUCGUGUCUGUCUCUCUCUCUUUCAUGCCAUUUCUCCGUCUUCUCGCAGUGCUUUUGAGAAGAGAAAAAAAGAGAAAGAAAGAGAAGGAAGACAAAGAGAAGAAGAAGAAGACGUAGUACUAAAGGUGGCUGCAUACGAAAUGUAUAUAUCUCUUCUUCCUUUGAUCGGUUGGUUGUUCUGGUCGCCUCGCACCACCACCACCACCGCCGACAUUCCUUGUACAUGUACAUAUAAACGGCGGCGCAGUGCAAAAGCCUCCGUCUCGCAGUCGCCGCCGCUCUUUCGUCCGGUUCGGUCCCGCCCGUCUAGUCACUCUCUCCCUCCUUGCGCGCACUUAUCGAUCGAUUCUUGUCCGUUUGGUCGUGUACACGGCGGCGGUGGCCGGUGGCCGACCUCUUCCUCUCACUCGGCGCUCUACGUCUCGCGCUGUUGAGCGCUGUUUCGGCGCGUCCACACCGGCGCAUUUCUUAGUUCUCGCGCCGAUCACUCUCUCUUCAUCUCUACGUCCUUUGGUCCUCUCUCUCUCUCUCUCUCUCUGUUCUGUACUCUUUCGACGCCAUUUUGAGUGAAUGUGAGAGUCAUUUAAAUUUCGCCUCGUUUUCGCGCCCUUUUUUCCCACUGGUUUUUUAGGCCCAAAUAAUUUGUUGAAAGUUGAACAAAUAAAUCAUUCCUAAUAUUCGCAUCAUCGCGAGUUCUUUAAGGUCAAACUUUCUGUUACCUACUAAUUCUGUUUUAGAAUUUCGACCUUUUCUCAGACCUACCCUCACUUCAAAAGAAAAACGGAAAAGCGGUUUCGAAACAUCACAUCGAAACAUGAUUAUAUCAGAAAGGAGAGGGAGAAGGAGGAGAGCGAGUGUGUGUGUAUGUGCGUGAUGACCAAGACCGGUAUCGGCGACCCGUUCCUCUUCCUCUCUCUAGUUUUGGCGAUUUUCUUGUCGGUUUUAUAGUUCUACCUCAUCCCCUAAUCGAUACGUGGCCUCUCAUCUACAGUAGUCCGCUUUUUCUGCUGCUCCAUCUGCUCCCAUUUAGUCCAUUUAGAAAGAAAGUGCUUUCGAAUGUCUGCGCACCCCGCGUGUCACUCUCUAUUUCCGCUGCUCUUCUCUUCCUCGGUCCCUGGCUCGUCCUGGCGCCGCCGCCAGAGGGAGAGAGAAAGAGAAAUAGCAGACGCUCUUGUUUUAGGAGAAUGGGGCCGGGCUUAGUACUCCUCGUUGCUCUUUUUUGCAAACAUUUGGAAGUUUAUAAUUUUUCGGAAGCACGCACCUCAUCUAUGCAAACCAGACAGUUUUGUUUGUAUUGAAGCUCGACUGCCAUUCCAAUUUUUUUCUUACAGAAGUGAGAUAAACUCUUUGAAUAAUCACUCUCUUUUUGCAGCCAAACGAGGUUGAUCCGGGUAUGAAUGGAGACGGUUGGCAAGGACCCGGUGGCGGCCGUGGAGGAGCACAUCACAUGAACGGUGGCGGAGGAGGCCGACGUGGUGGAGGCGGCGGCGGCGGCGGUGGCGGUGGAAUGCACAAUCAGCGAAUGCCGCCAAACCAACACCACGGUGGCAUGAACCGAAUGAUGCCGCCGAGCUUUCGUCAACCGCAACAAUCGCAAUUUAUGACGCCGUAUGCGAUGGGUGCGAUGCCCGGCGACAUGAUGGAUCUGAACAUGCGAAUGGGCGACAUUUCGCUCUCGUCAACGCCAAAUUCAGUGCAGUACGCCGACAUGGGACCGCCGCCGCCGGUGCAGCAGGGAUGGAACCAGCCGGCGCCGUUCGCUCCGCAAGACGAUCUCUAUGAUCCGAACUAUGGGAUCGGCGGAAUGCCGCCUCAACCACCGCAUCCGUUCGGAGGAGUAGGACCUCGCGGUGGCGGAAAUCAGGGAGGGUACGGAAACAACGGGAGCCGAAUGCAAUCGCGACAAGGAGGAUAUUCACGAGGUGUUGGCGGUGGCGGUGGUGGACAGAACAACUUCAACAUGGGACCGCCGAUGAUGGGACCGCCGAUGGUCGGACAGAGCGGCGGACAACCGUUCUACGGAAAUCAACAACAGCCGCCGUUCGCGCCGUCGCCAUUCUCGAUGAGCUCGGCGAUGAGCGGAGGAACGCAGCACGAGCAUCACGGAAGUCAGGGACAGAACGGAUUCCAGAUCUCGGCCUCCUCGAUGGACGACUACUCGAUGUGGACGGACAAGAACGACGAAGAUGCGAAGCGGAAGAAAAUCCUGCGGGACAAGGGAUUGUUGGCGUGGGGCGACUCGGAGGUGUCGAACAACAAGCCGAUCCGUCGUUGGCUGGUGCCGGAAGGUCAGGAGGAGGACUUUGAGUCGGCGAUGGCACGUUGUCCGAGCCAUCUGAAGAAAAAGUCGUUGAACGAAGAGGCUCUACGUCGACGUCUCGGAUCGGACAAUCCACAGAUUGUGGCGCAGGCUCAACAACAAGCCGAAGAGGAGGCGAACGCGACGAUGAAAGUAGGACGGAGGCCGAUCAUUCCGUGCGGAUGGGGAGAUCUUCCGUUGGAGUUGAGCGGCGAGAAGAGCGGUAAGCAUAGUGGAGAACGGAAGGAGGUUCAUCGGGGAAUAGAUAAAAGUUCAGAUUACGACCAGGGAUCGUCGAAAGGGUGGGAUGAGCAGAGCGUGAACGGAAUGAAAUCGCACCACAUGCACCAUCCAGACGAGGCUCUGAUGCCAUGGAACCUGCCGGGAGUGGUCGGAGGUCCGUCGAGCAACGAGACUCGCAAUCCGUUCUUCGCCCAACACAUGCAACAGCAGCAACAACAGCAACAUCAUCUGCCACCGCAUCUCGGAGGAUACGGCGGCGACAACGGAGACUCCGUGUGGCCGACAAUGAUGGAUGGUAAGGGAGACGGCUUCUCGUUUCGAGACCCAAUGAUCCACUUGGCAGGAUCGUCGAUGGCGCCUCCAGCAGGAAACGGAGGAGGAGGAGGAGGAUCGUCCGUGCCCCUCGGUAUGUUGUCGAUGGCGUCGGCCGCCGUGGCGGUAAUGGGCGGCCACGGAAAUGACGAGGAGGGCAGCCAGAAGAAACUGGCGGACAGCCUUAAAUUAGCUGUCGAGAAGGGCCAUCUCGACAUUUCGCUUCUGUCGCUUCCGCACAUUCCGCCCAACGUUUUGGACUUGCUCACCGAAAUUUUGUCGGUUAUCCCGCGUUUGGACGGCUAUGAGGAUGAGCUCAAAAAAUUGGUGUGUUUUUUUGGCAAACGUCCCUCUCUUUGGGUUACGGAUGUGUGGUCGGAGGGAACACAUGUGCUUGAUUGCCAAAAAAAGCGAAUGGAAAGAAAGAGCAUUUGUUUCCUUUGUGGGAAUGGAAAAUUAAAGAGCUUUUGGUGUAAUUGCGCAUGUCCUUCAUCCGUGUUUUUUUGUGUUUUGUCCGUGUUGUCUCGGUGAAUAAGUCCGUUUUUCUUGCAGGUGGACAGUCGCCCUUCGACUUUUGACGAGAAAGAUGAUCCGGAGACGUGGAUGAAUAAAGAGCAGAAGGUAACGGAGCCAAGAGACACUUUCCAACCACACUAUUCAUUUCCUUUGCAGAACGAGCACGACAAAACAGUGAUUGGAGUGGUCACGUCGAAAAUCGAGGUUACGCAGCUGUCGAAGAAGAUCACGGAGGCGCUCGUGGAGGCGGGGCUUAUUGCUCAGUCGCCACAGACUCCGGACUCUGGCGCUUCCUCCCACCACCACCACCACCACCAACACCACCACCAUCAUAUCCGUCACCAAGGCCCGCCACCACCGGGCCCGGACGGGGGAGCCAGCCCGAGCACCUCUUCUCGCGGCGGUAACGGCGGACCGCCUGAUCACUACUAUGACUACUCGUUCCUCGGCUAA